AUGUUUACCAUCGACUUCAAGGACAAGCUCUUCGUCGUCACCGGCGGCAACCGCGGCAUCGGCCUGGCAAUCUCGACGGCCAUCGCCGGGGCGGGUGGUAACCUCGCCAUCCUCUACCGCUCCUCGACCAAUGCCGAGCAGGUGGCCGCCGACCUGGCGUCCGAGCACGGCAUCAGCGCAAAGGCGUACCGCUGCGAUGUGUCGGUCAUGAAGGACGUUCGCCAGACCAUCAAGGCCGUCGUGCAGGACCUCGGACCCAUUGCUGGGUGUGUCGCUAAUGCGGGCGUCGCCACCGUCAAACCGGCCAUUGAGAUCGAGGACCGAGAAGAGUUUGACUUCAUGUUUGGGACCAACGUCCUCGGCGUCUUCAACACUGCCCAGACCGUCGCACGACACUGGGUCGAGACGGGAUACAAGAACGGAAGCAUCGUCAUCAUCUCGUCGAUGUCGAGCCAGAUCUACAACCAGGUCGGGCUCAAUGAGCCCCUCUGCCACGUCUUCUACAACUCGUCAAAGGCCGCCGUCUCGUCGCUCGGCAAGAACCUCGCCGCCGAGUGGUCGCGCUACGGCAUCCGCGUCAACAUGGUCUCGCCCGGCUACGUCAGGACCGAACAGAGCGGCGUCCACCCGGAAGAGGCUAGACGCUUCCAGGCCGCCAGCGUCCCCCUGCAGCGCUACUCGGAGCCCGAGGAGCAGACGGCCCAGGUCAUCCUGCUGCUCAGCGAGCACGCAAGCUACCAGACCGGCUCCGAAGUCUUUGUGGAUGGAGGCUGCCUCAUCUACUGA